UGCUCGACCGGUACGGAUCGUUUUCCGGGGCAGAAUCUUCGCUGGGCCAAGGUCGGUUGUACUAUGUCGCGGACUCUUUCGGGGGCGGUUUGAGGUAGCUGUAGCGCGGUGGCAGUAGGUUCCGGAACCGCGCCAACGGAGUGUCGAAAUUUUAAUUAAAUAACACGCAGGUAACCGCAAAUCAUUCGCAAACGCAACGAAACCGCGUGCGCCACGAGAUGGUCCUUUUUUCCGGGAAAGAGGUUCUUUUUCCCUAGUGGGUGGAGGGGUUUUCCGAGGGUGGGGGUGACGGGGAAAAAUUCAACAAUUGAGUGGCAGAAAUUGGUCGCACUGGAGCGCUGGGCAAAUGUUUGACGGACGACUGGUGAAUUGUGGCGCUCCAGUUUGAGUUGUGGUCGGCGAACCUUCCUCCUCCUGGAAUAUAUACGGGAAUAUUUAUUACCCUUUGACAGCCAGUGGGCCGCUCUCGGGGGGUUUUCGUGAGGUAGAAGUGAGUGGAGUGGCUUAAAUGGUGGUAGCCCACUGCAUGUGACAGAGCCUGGAUAACGGAUCUCCACGGCCGUGGAGGCGAUAAGUGUCUGCGCGCGUUGGCAGGACAUCAAACGGCAACCGACGAUGGACGCCGCCGUCACCAGCGGAACCGUCCAUAGGACAUCGAACGGUGGUGAAAAGUGAGUGAAGCGCAGAUAAAAAAGGAUAAAAACCGCGCUGUGACGGAAAAUCGUUUUUUAUUCAUGUUCAGCGAGCUUGUGUGCGUUCCAUCAAAUUAGUGUGUGGUUGGGGAGGAUAACCGCAGGACGAAUCACGAACAGGAUUAAAAAGUUUUCCGGCAGCAGCAGCAGCAGCAGCAGCAGUUAUUCCUGCGUCCCUAAUUCGCAAAGGAGUUUGGCGAAGCGAACAGGAUUUAUUACGCGCUCAACCAGUGAAAGAAUUUCCGCCAGGAAACGCACGCCAAGGAUACAAGAAGUUACUAUAGCACAGCCAGGCGCAAUGGAUAGUAUCAGUAACGUGCCGGGAAUCAACAUGAAAUUGGUGCUUUUUUUCAUAAUGUAUUUUAAUCUAGGUAUCUCAAAUACGGUCCACUCUGACGAGCGGUCGUCCUCGGCGGAACAUCACGACCACCUGCACGAGCACGAGCCACCGGCGGCAGAUGUGGCCGAGAACGAGAUUUACGACUCGGACGAAAGCAACCUGCUCCGGACGCCGCUGGACCGGGGGCCAUACUUUGAUUUAUCGGCCUCGAAGAACAUCACGGCCCUCGUCGGCAAGACCGCGUAUCUCAACUGUCGGGUCCGGAACCUGGGCAACAAAACGGUUUCCUGGGUCCGCCAUAGAGACAUUCAUCUCUUAACCGUAGGUAGAUUUACGUACACCUCGGAUCAACGGUUCCAGAGCGUGCACAACCCACAAACGGACGACUGGUCGUUGCAGAUCCGAUAUCCCCAGAAACGAGACACCGGAGUGUACGAGUGCCAAAUAUCAACCACACCACCGGUGGGUCACUCCAUGCACCUGUCGGUAGUCGAACCCGUCACCAUCAUCGUCGGUGGGCCGGAUAUUUACAUCAACACCGGCUCCACGGUCAACCUGACGUGCGUGGUGCGGAAUUCGCCGGAACCUCCGUCCACCAUCAUCUGGACCCACAACCACCAGGAAAUUAAUUACGACUCACCCCGGGGCGGUGUAUCGGUUAUCACGGAAAAGGGCGAAACGACCACCUCGUACCUGCUGAUCCAGCGGGCCAAAAGCACCGAUUCGGGCAAGUACGUCUGCUCGCCGUCGAACGCCAACACGUACUUCAUCAACGUUCACAUCCUGAACGGAGAACACCCGGAAGCGAUGCAGCACGGUGGCCAGCUCCGGAUAGGUGACCCCGUGCACGUGUUUGUGUUCGUAAUCAUCACCCUGGUGCUGAGCAAUCGAUGAAGUCCCGCCGGCAGCGGAAAAUGGAAGACCGUCGGAAGCCGCUCGGUCACUGUGAAUAAUAUAGAAGGCGGAGUAAUUAGAAUAACGACAAUGAUGCCGGGAACGCGAUCCGGUGGUACCUCCGGUGGUGGCGCAAUCGACGAUUCAAUUAUCGAGAUCGCCCAGCGGUGCCGUGAGUCGUGAGUUGAGCAGAUGUGUUUUGAAUGGAUUGUUGGAGACAAGAAGGGCCAGACACGGCCCACAAUGUGGGCGGCUAGCGUAGACCUAGGAUAGGAAGUCAAGAAUCACUCAAAGUUGUUGAUUUAUCCGAUGAAACUGUUUGGAAUUGCGCUGGGAACGAGUCCUCGACGACCAACCCAACAUCACCGAGUUAUGUUUGUUACUGGGAGGGCGGACGAUUGUUCUGGGAAUUGUGGCAUAGAUGUCUCGAGCAAAGCUGGUCGGCACGCAUGAUAAUAGCAUUAUCGACAUGGUUCGCGCUUAAACUACUUAGGGCCGGGUCGAAAAUCCAUGUGCGUAUAAAUUUUGAGCAACUUUCAUUGUUAUACCACAUUUUUUUGGGUAACUUGGAUAUUUUAAGUUUGGGUGCUCUAUGUGUUUUUUUUUUAACUGAAAUGUUCCAGUUGUGUUGCAUUUUCAAACAUAUUUUCGUUAGAACACUUUUAUGUUCAAAUUCAUUUUACUAUUAUAACAUACAAUCUCUCAUUUUGUUCCAAAUUUUUUUUUAUUCCAUUUUUCAACGAUUUGGUCAAUAUGCAGAACAGCAGAACAGCUUUUUUCUGAUCGUAACAGGCCCAAAAAAAGCCUUUUAAAUAUUGGAUGCAAUUGGUGCUGUCCCAGCUUUUCGCAAAGCAUUUAAUUUUUCGAUGAAAAACCCAACUUAUUUUGUUAUUUGAUUUUUGUAGUUUUCAUUUUAUACUGAUACAGCGGCGUUCAACUUGCUCCUGGCAAAAGAUACAGGGUGUGCAAAGCCUGUCUAAAAUUUAAAAAUUACGAAAAGAGCUGAAAAAUUGAAAAAUUGGUUAAAGUUUAAUUGCUUAAAUUCUGAUCUGAAGUUUGUAUGGAACUUUAAUCAAUUUAUUAUGGAGAAUUGUAAUUUUUUACAACUUCUUAUAGAAAAUUUCACAAAACCCUGUCAAAUUUCCCUCUUCUUAUGUUUCUUAUAGGUUUUGAUCCAGGGAACAACUUUGUAGAACAUCGUAUAUUUUAUUUCGUGAAUACAAAAUUUGAAGAAUGACUCAAUUUAAAGUGCAGUUUAAAAAAGGUGCAGGUGGUUAUGUUACACAUGACCAGUAUGACAAAGAACUUUGCAAGAUGAUUGUUGAAAUUUUCGAUUAGAAUGUCCGGUCCAAAUUCCCCCCUUAUAAUAACCGUCCUAUCGA